AACGAGGCGGGGCUCAUAGUCCGUAAACUCUAGCCAUGAACAGAUACGUGCUUCUUUGUUUGUUGAUUGUGAUCCUUCCAGCUCAAAUUCUCGUCACUUACUUCAUUCAUUUUACUGAUGUAGACGCAACGGUUCAAGGAACAGCUUUUGAGAGCAUCAUGGGGUCUGCAGACUCUCUUCUCACUAAAAUACAAUCAGAUGUGAUGUAUUACACCAAAUAUGAGCACUUAAUGGAGCUAAUAUUUGUUCCUUACUAUCCAAGAAAGAAGAGGAAGCAAUCAAUAACUGAUACUCAUAAACACUUGCAUGAGUCAAAAGGCCGAGGCCAAAAGCCACCCAGACCAGGGAAACCAUCACGUCCUCCUGUAUCAGCUUCAGGCAAUUCUCCUGGCAUGUCAAGUGCCAAAGAAGUCGAAUCGUACAAUAACAAAAAUGUCUACUUUGCUCGUUCAGAGUCCGUGAGGCUCAGAUCAUCAAGUACCGUGGAAUAUAAUAUCGGAGACGUAGUGAGACACACCAUUGAUAAUUACCACGGGGUCAUUGUUGGAUGGGAUUUUACUUGCCAAGCUCCUAAUCAGUGGCUUUCUCAACAUGGAUACCUAUUAGCUGAAAAUAAAAGGCUGAUCAAUACUCCUCAUUACUUGAUAUUAGCUCAUUCUACUACGAAAGAAGUGACUUUAUUUUACGUUCCACAAGUUCACAUUACAAGAGAAUACAAAGCACAGGUAAAAUCAGAAAGAUUAACUGAUUAUUUCAAGACGUUUUCAAAAAGCCGGAACAAAUAUUAUCCAAAGGAAUGGUUAAUGAAAAUUUACCCCGAAGAUGAAUGAUUACUUAUCUCUGUAUAGCAUUUUGUAAAAAGAUCAUUAUAACUUUUAAUAA